UGAUUUAAUCGCCUAAUUAAUCAAGGCUACACUAGGGUUUAAGCUCUGUUUCAUCCGCAACCAUGUUUCCAUUCAUGCGCAAACCUGACAAAUCAGCUGCUCUGAAGCAACUGAAGACUCACGUUGCCCUGUUUGGAACUUGUGUCACCUUAAUUCGGGUCACCCCUUAUAUCCUUCACUAUUUUUCCGAUCAGAAAGAACAACUCUUGCUCGACCUCUAGAUUCCUUAUAAUCAGUUUCUCUAGAGGAAGGAAUGUUUGGAAGAGAAGGAGCCACUGUUCGCUAUGCAUCUGUUGACCCGUUGCUCUCUUUCAUUUCUUUCUCAUACAUUCAAUUUCAUUUGUCCCUAUGAUUCUGAAAUUUGUCAAUUUGUCAUAUAAUUGAGAAUUGUAUGGUUGCACCCAAGUUAUUUGAGAUAAAAUGUAUUGCGGGAAGUCUCUUUUGGUUUA